CGUCGCGGCUUGGUUCAUUUUCAAGGGUUUUGCUUUUCCCUUUGCCUCUAUUUGAUUCUCACGCUCUCUUUCCGUGUUUUACCUUUGUCUCUGUCUUCGCCAAAUUUCCUCUCUUUUUUCAUUUUCGCCAAUCGGAAUCUCGUUUCUUUGAUUUGGGCCAUUAAAUAUGCGAACAGUGUCUCGAAGAAUAGUGAAGAGACGCUCUGCGGCCAACAGGGCAGCGAGGGGAUCCCCAAAGGCUGCACCUGAGAACCAACCAGAGCCUGAAACUGCGGAAGUGGUUGCGAAAAACAAUGAAGAAAAUUCAGUUGUUGAUGCUGCGGUGGAAGAGAAGCCCCUUGACAUGGAGCAAGAACCUGAGGAAGUUCCAAAUGGGUCGGCUAAGGUGGAAAAUAAUGAAGAUGAGGUUAAGGAGUCUAUAGAUGAAUAUGAAAAAGAUGAACAUUUAGAUUUGGAGGAUAAUUAUCCCGAGUAUGAACAGGAGGAAUAUGGUGGUGUUGACUAUGAUGAAAAGGAAAUUGAACAAGAUGAUGGUCAGGAGGAGGGAGAUGAAGUGGAGGAAGAUCUAGAAGAGAAUGUAGGUGAAGAAGAGGCUGAUACAGGUGAUGAAGAAGUUGAAUAUGUUUAUGAAGAAGUUGAGGAUGAUGAUGAUGAGCAUGCUGGUGAGGAGCAUACUCAUGAUGAGCAUGCACAAAUGCCUGAUGUGGAAGAUGAGGAACACCGUGAAGUUGUAAAGGAGAGGCAAAAGCGGAAGGAAUUUGAAGUAUUUGUUGGGGGCUUAGAUAAGAAUGCUACUGAGCAUGACCUGAGGAAGGUUUUCAGUAAAGUUGGGGUAGUUACUGAAGUCAGGCUGAUGAUAAAUCCCCAGACCAAAAGGAACAAGGGAUUUGCAUUCUUGCGUUUUGAAACUGUUGAGCAGGCAAAAAGAGCUGUGACAGAGCUAAAAAAUCCAGUGAUUAAUGGAAAACAAUGUGGUGUUACUCCAAGUCAGGACAGUGAUACUCUCUACUUAGGGAACAUAUGCAAGACUUGGAAAAAGGAAGCUUUAAAGGAGAAAUUGAAACAUUAUGGAGUAGAAAAUAUAGAGGAAUUGACUUUAGUAGAAGAUGAUACCAAUGAGGGAAUGAACCGAGGAUUUGCAUUUUUGGAGUUUUCUUCUCGUUCAGAUGCUAAGGAAGCCUAUAGGCGAUUGCAAAAGAGAGAUGUUGUUUUUGGAGUUGAUAAGCCUGCAAAGGUUUCCUUUGCUGACUCAUUUAUUGAUUUGGGUGAUGAAAUUAUGGCACAGGUUAAAACUGUAUUUAUUGAUUCACUACCUCCUUCAUGGGAUGAAGAUUAUGUCCGGGAUCUUCUUAAGAAAUAUGGGGAGAUUGAAAAAAUUGAGCUUGCUAGGAACAUGCCAGCUGCUCGGAGGAAGAACUAUGGAUUUGUUACAUUUAGUUCGCAUGCUGCUGCUGUGGAAUGUGCUGAAAGCAUUACCGGUGCAGGGUUAGGUGAAGGUGACAAAAAGGCAAAAGUUAGGGCUAGAUUGUCACGGCCUCUUUCAAAACCUCUCCAGAGAGGUCGUGGAAAACAUGUUAAUCAUGGGGACUUCCGUUCCGGACGCAAUUCUGGAAGAUUGGUUAGGCCUUCACGGAGUCGACCUGCACCACGUAGUCUCCCCGCACGUGUGGUGAGAGGUGUGGUGAGAGGAGUUGGAAGUCGUGGUCCACCAGUUAGACCUGUUAGUGUGAGAAGUAGACGUCCUGUCACAUCCAUGGUAGAAAGAGCCAGGCCAGUGGCUCCUCCAGCUAGAACCUAUGACAGGAGAUUGACUGCUCCUGCAUAUCCUAAAAGUGGCAUAAAAAGAGAUUACAGUCGACGUGAGGAUCUACCACCUCCAAGAAGUAGAGUUGCUGCAGAUUAUGGCUCUAGGGUAGCCUCUCAGAGGCACACGUCUUAUAUGGAUUAUCCUACCCGUGGCUCUGACUACCCUGAGCUACAUAGAAGUACAUCUCGUGUUGCACCAAAGAGAGGUUAUGUUGAUGAUGGCUAUGGCCAGAGAUUUGAGAGGCCUCCUCCUCCUCCUCCGCAUCUAAGUUACCGUGAAGGACGCCCCCGUGAUUAUGACACUCUAUCUGGUUCAAAACGUCCUUAUACUGCUAUUGAUGAUGUUCCUCCACGAUAUGAUACUGGUACUCGCCAAUCAAGAUCUCGUUUAGACUAUGAUUAUGGAGGUAGUGCUUCACAGUAUGGAGAUGCUUAUGGUGAUAGACUUGGAAGAUCUAGUCUUGGAUACAGUGGCAGCAGAAGUUCUAUAUCUAAUCAAGACUUACAUGGGACAUAUGGUAGUCGGCAAGGCAUGAGUUAUGGUGGAGGUUCUUUUGGUGGUAGUGAUAGUGGUAUGUACUCAUCAAGUUAUGGUGGUGAUUACGUAUCUCGUGGAAGUGAUGUUGGUGGCCGUUCAUAUUCAUCCAUGUAUUCUGGUAGAGGUGUGGGUGGUAGCAGCAGUUAUAUGGGUGGAGGUGGAUCUGGGUCUUAUUAUUGAGGGGGAUGACUGGCAAAGGUGGAACACCUGGUCACUAGUGAAUUUGUCUAUGAACAGAUCCAAAUACAAUAAAGAGGCUGCUGUAGGAUGUGGAAUUUGAAGCUUAUGGUCAUUAUGAUGCCUACCGUAUGGAGCUGAACAUUACCAAGUAAUUGCCUGGUUUGGGAGUUUGUCACAAAUCAGGGGUUAUGUCAAUUCAAGUCUUCUCUCAAUGGACAUAUUUUGAGUUCUUGAAUUUAUGCUGUAAGUACUGAAGUUGAUUAAAACGGAAAGAGAAGUGCUGAGCAUGUGAUGUAAAAUUAAACUUCGUAUUAUAAGGCUUCCAUAUGGGUGGGUAAUGUGAAAGAUCACCCCAUAUCCUGUUCAUUUGGGAAACAAGGCCCUGGAUAUUACUUUUUGGUUAAGGAUUAUUGGAUUUUUUUCCUGCUGUCAAAAAGUUGGUUUUUUUCCUCACAACAGAGAUAUAUUAUUGCUCUUUGGAUUAAUUAUAUUUUUGCCAGUGCUAUGAUCAUGAACAAGAGUAAACUACCGAGCAUUUUGUGGAACUACCAUUGGUAGUAGUAAUAUGAGCGCUACGUGGGCAAUAAAUAUAAAGGAAAGAUUAUGAUAUAGUAACAUCCUAGAAAGCAUGAUGCACUGAUAAUGUGUUGCUGGAGUGUUUGUAACAUGAUAUUUUGUACUGAGGGGGAGUACGAGGUGCAAAUGGAGCAUCGCUUCGCAUAUUUUCCUUAAGAUUGUUUACUUGCUCCCUUCAGAAUUUUUCCUUUUGUGAUGCAAUUAUUUUUUUGCGCACUUUGUUACCCUCCAAAUUGCAUAAUAUUGGAAGACCAUUUGCUCUGUGUCUGUGCUAUAUCAUUGGAACAUGCAACUUUACGAGAUUGUAAAGUAGCUGAAAUGGAUUCAAUAUCAUCUGUUACCGACAGAUUUUGAAUUUCAAGAAAUCAUGGGACUCGGCACUUUAUGCACCAGGUUGAGAACUCAGCUUGAUUUAGGAGAAUUCAUGCCCCAAUGGCAAACAUGAACUAACCAAAAUAUUACACUAGGAAGUCUAUGCGUUAAUGGACUUGGUCUUCUCAUGAUCUUUUUAAUCUCCAGUUGGGUAGUUGCUUUCCAACUCUCACCCCAUAUUAUCAGCCUUAAGCAGAAAGUACUGAUUUUUGGAGUCUAGAAAAGCACUGGAAGCUGAUGCCUGAGAAAUAAGAAUAUUAGAUUCAUGACUUUUUAUUCAAAGCUUGUUAGGGUUUUUUUAGUCAUAUAUCUGCAUUUCAAAAGUGGUUCUGACCAAUAUCAGAGGUUUGCUACAUAGAUGAUAUUUUCUUUUUCUUUUAGUUCAUGCAUAUCCGAGUUCUCUACAUGCUUUGUUUUUCACAUCAUUGUGCUGCUUGUGAAUAAUUGGUGGCAAUCAGGAUUUUCAUGGCUCUUAGUUUUUUGGGAUAGGAUUCCAUUUCAUUACCCUUCAUGGUAUGAGGGAUCCUUUCUGACUUGUUGAAGUCUUAGUUUCCACUGUGUUCUUUUUGUACACUGCAGGGUGUUGCCCCUCAUCAAGUU